CCGUACCAUUCGACAACGGCGUUCAUCAGUGUUGUUGCAGUGUUACUCGCGUCAGUUCGUCAACCGGUUGAGAGGUUCGCGUUGUCCGCGCGGCACUUAUAAAAUACACUAAAAGCAUGACGAGUUCGUGAACGGGUAAAGCGGUCGGGUUACUUUUUCCUUUCGGAUGCGCCGAACGAAUUUUUUUUUUUGAACUCUUUAAGUGAACGAUUUAACAUACGGAAAAUGACCGUUUUCAAAGUGUUAUUGGCCUGUGCCGUGGCCGUCGCCACGGUCGCCCGGUUGGCUGCCGGCAACAACAACGUCACCGUGUUCAGGUGUUGCGGCCCCGGCGAAACGCUAAACGUUAACGACGCACUCGGCCAGUGUGCCGGCCAGCCGUCGGAACCGCUCGAUUUCGUGCCGGUCAUCUACGACUUCAUCAGCAACCAGUUCCUCGCGCCCAACUCUACGCCGCCGCCGUACUGGAACAUGGUGCGGGCCCGGCCGCAGUGUCAAGCCACGUUCCUGGCGGCCGCACCGCCCGGCAGCCCGUCCGGUUACGUGCCGUUCCUCAACGGUUCUCUUUGGGUGCAACACUGGCCGCACACGUUGAUCGAUCCCGGACAGUUCUGUUUGGACCGGUCAGGCGCCCUGGUCUGCCGACCCGACGAAUCGAACAGGGUGAAAAAGUGUUGCGGCCCGGCAGCCGUGUACAGCGAACAGAAGACAGCGUGCGAGUUUUCCGGCCGGCACGACUCGCAGGGUUUGCCCGACGACGUCACGUCCGGGUUUCCGUGGUGUCCCGACGAGGAGUCGUACUCGAUGGCGGGCCACUUGAACGACACCCAUUGGACGCCGGCCGACGGGCCGCCCGGCGCGUUGCGCAACGCCCACGGCACGGUGAUCGCCGCCAAGGAUUACUGCCUGGAACACGUACUGGAAGAAGCCGAACCUCGGAUGUGGACCGUGUUCACGUGCGCGCCGCGACUCGACGUGACUAAGAGUUACCGCGAGGACAUACGUUUUACUUUGUACCCGUUCGGCCUAGUGCUGUCCGUGUUCUUCCUGGCCGUCACGCUAGUCGCCAGCUGCAUGUUGCCCAGCACUUACCAUGUGCUCCACUGGAAGUGCCAAAUCAAUCACAUCGUAUGUCUGUUGGUCGGCGACCUGUGCUUAGCCAUCGUCCAUCUGUCCGGCGAAUCAUUGCGUGGACCAAUGUGCAUUUUCUUAGCUAUUGUAAUGCAUUUUGUAUUUCUGGCGGCGUUCUUCUGGCUCAACACGAUGUGCUUUAAUAUAUGGUGGACGUUUAGGGACUUGAGGCCUGCCAACUUGGACAAAGGUCAAGAAGCGUGCAGACUUCGCCUAUACCAACUGUACGCGUGGGGCGUGCCCUUGGUGAUCGCCACCUUGGCCGCGGUCCUCGAUCGCAUUCCCCCCGACCAGUACCAGUCGCUCAUCAGACCUAAAUUCGGCGAACAGCGUUGUUGGUUUGACGGUGACAAAGAGGUGCUGUCGUAUUUCUUCGGACCCAUCGGCAUACUGUUGCUGAUAAAUUUGACCCUGUUCGCGGCCACGGCCAGAGAGUUGACUUGCGGCCUUUGGAGGACAGAAGUAGUGAAAUCCACUAGCGAGAGGGCCACGUUGGGACGAGUUUGCCUGAAACUGGUGAUCGUGAUGGGCAUUACGUGGACGGUGGACGUAAUGUCGUGGUUGAUCGGCGGUCCGAACUACGUGUGGUACAUGACGGACCUGAUGAACGCUCUACAAGGGGUGCUCAUAUUCAUCGUGGUCGGAUGCCAGCCGCAGGUGUGGAUGGCCGUCAAGCGCAUGUGGUGCCUGCGGUCGGACAACCCGUCGGACGGCGGUAACGCCAGGUCGUCCACGUCCAACGCCAUGCCGUCCACCGUCAACGAGUCCACGCUGUCCAAACCGGUGGAGACGCUGUGCUGAGGCUCGAGACGGCCGUCGCCCCCGCCCCCGCCCCCUCCCCCGCUCCAAUUUCAAGCCGCUGCCGUUGCGUGUGCCGCCGUGUUCCGCUCUGCACUCCGCUCAUCUUGCCCGCACUUUAUCUGCACCGCGCGAGCGAUUGGAACGUUAGACUGACAACUAUUUUGUUUAUUAUUAUUAUUAUUUUUUUUUUUUUUUUACUUUAACCAGUAUUAUAUUUUAAACACAUGCACACAUGAAGUAUAUAUAUUCGAUUAUAAUAUGAACAUUUUGGCACGUGACUUUUUUGUUGAGGCUUUACCGGCCACCGCGAUGAGAAGAUUAUGUAUUAUUAAUAUAUAUAACCGUUAUUAUAUUAUGUUUAUGAGUAUUGUUGUUCUCGUUGGACCAAAGAUUAAAUAAAAAAAAUUUUUAAAAACUAUAAUAUCAUAACAAAUUCGCACAUACCCCUAUUCGACUCUUGUAUAGACCGACAAUACAAUUUAUUGAUAAAAGAACGAGCGCCUAAUAUUGACUAAAAAGUAAAUAAAAACGUUAUAAAAAUGACACACAAAAAAAACGAGCCGUUCGCUUCGGCUUUUCUUAAUAGUAUUGUAAUCUUAACUGUAAUGUUGAAGAUGUUCUAUACCUAAUAUAUAGUGAUUUAUUAUUCUUGAGGUAAACCUAUAUUGUACACUACUGUAUGCCGGCUGUUCGGUUGUUUGUUUUUUUUUUAUGCGAUGUUUAAUAUUAUGUAUUCACAAUAAAUUUAAAAGUAUUUAUUAAUAUAUAACCCGCGUCCGGAUUUAAUGGGGUUGUUUUUAUUAUUUUUAAAUCCUUUAUUACAAGAUUUUUUUUUUAACUUUACAAAAAUUUUUUUUUUUUUUUAAGUACAAUCUUUUUUAUUGAUAACUAACAAAACUAUAAUAAUAUAUACUUUUAGAGCAAAUAUAACUAGUUUGUUUUUUAUUCGUAUAAAACUUUGCUUUUCAGUAACAACUAACGAAAAUAUCCUUUUGGCUAAAGUAAUAAAUAAUAAUGUUACAUUGUGCAGGUGCCAAAUAUAUAAGUAGGUAGGUAUGUAGGUAUAGUGAUAAAUAUUCAGCUUUGUGUUCGUAUUAUUAUUAUUAUUUGUUUGUGUAACAUCUUUUUUAUGUUAAGUUCCUGUAAGCCUAUGUAAUUUAUUUAUUAAAUGUGUUUCAACACGAAUGAUGAUUGGUCUAUUAUUGUAUUGUAUUUUUUUUUUUUUUUUUUGACAUAUAUAUUAUUUUUAUUAUACCUAUUUUAAUUGCGAAUAAGCCUGAUACCGCGUUAAUUAAUUUGUAUUAAGAUCUUUAUGUAGAACUGUAUUUGCGACGAUUUGAAGUUUUUUUUUUUUUUUUAAAUUAGCUUUGUAAUUUAUGUAAGGAGUUAAAUAAUUGUAAUGAAAUAAAAUAAAGUCUUCGGCUUUUGACUGUGUAGAUAGUAGGCAUGUAUUUGUAAGUAUAGUAAUUGUGAGUGAAUGUUAUUUUACAAACAAAAUAAAAAUGGCGGAG